AUGAAGUUAAUAAAAUUUUUAAUGAAACUCAGUCAUGAGACUGUAACAAUAGAAUUAAAAAAUGGUACUCAAGUACAUGGAACCAUUACCGGAGUAGAUGUAGCAAUGAACACACAUUUGAAGACAGUAAAAAUGACAAUAAAAAAUAGAGAUCCUGUACAAUUAGAUACAUUAAGUUUACGAGGCAAUAAUAUACGAUAUUACAUAUUACCAGAUUCAUUACCACUUGAAACAUUACUCAUAGAUGAUACACCAAAGGCAAAAGCAAAAAAGAAAGAAGCUGCACGAGGAGCGGCACGUGGUCGAGGACGAGGUGGUCGUGGUACGAGAGGAGGCCGUGGAGGACGAGGAAGAGGAAGGGGUAGACGAUAG